UUUUGCGCUUUUAUUAUACAAUAAUUCUCAUUCUCAAUGAAAAACCCAACUCAACUCAAACUCAGCUGAAUCUAUUGAUAUAAUUCUCCUGAAGUAAAAACCUUACAAGCAUGGAAUAAACCAAAGGUUGUUCCUUUUGGUUCUUGCCCAGAAACCCCGUAUGGUGUGAUUAAGUGAUCAUGUACUAGAAAGAAAAAAUAGGGUGAAAAGGAAAUCUUGGAGAAGAAAAAUGAGCGUUUCAUUGACUGUAAUGACCUUCAAUCUUCUUGAGGAUCAGCCACCUGAAAGUCCCAAUUCAUGGGAUAAGAGAAGGGAUUUGUGUUUAAGAGUGAUCACUAGUUAUUACCCAAUGAUUCUUUGCACCCAACAAGGAGUGAAGUCUCAGUUGGAUUAUCUACAACAAGGCUUGCCAGGUUAUGAUCAGUUUGGAGUAUCUAGAAAAGGACCAGAGGACACUUCAGAUGAAUACUGCACAAUCUUCUAUGACAAAGAAAAGGUGGAGCUUUUAGAAGGUGGAACGUUUUGGUUAUCUGAAUCACCCUCUGUCCCUGGAAGCAUGUCAUGGGGGUCAACAGUUCCCUGCAUUGCAACGUGGGCGACAUUCCAACUAAAAGGAGUUGAGCCACCUGGGUUUUCAUUCGAGAUAGUAAAUACAAACAUGGAUGAAUUUAGUCCACGUGCUCGCAGACGUAGUGCUUUACUUACCUGGCAGCACAUUGCAUCCUUGCCUCCUAGCUUGCCAGUUGUGUAUUGUGGAGGGUUUAACACACAAAAGGAGUCAACUACUGGACGGUUUCUUCUUGGGAGGUCAAGAGAACAUGGUGUAGUUGGAGAUUUGAGAGAUGCAUGGCCGAAUGCACGGGUGAGGAAAAAUAUUUCUCUUAUUCGCACUUAUCAUGGGUUUAAAGGUGACAAGCAAGGAGCUGUUGAAUUUCUCAAGUUGAUUUUUAGAGCUCUCUGCCUUUGCUGGGAUCGUCAAACGCAAGAUCUGCACAUAGAUUGGAUUCUUUUCAGAGGUAGAUCUCUGAUUCCCGUUUCAUGCGAAGUAGUCAAUGACAACUCCGAAGGUUCUUAUCCCUCCUCCCAUUUUCCUUUGUUUGCUGAGUUUAUGCUUCCUCGUACCGUGAGAAUGCUCGAACCACCCACACAAGAGGAAACCUGAAAAUCCAAUUGUUUUGGAGCUGAGCUCUUCCUAUGGCCAAUUGGUCAUCCUUCCAUCUCUUUAUCAUCAUCCUUAUUAUGAUUAUUAUUUGUUUAGGUUGUUAGUUUAAAAGCAAAGUCAUUUUUUGAGGUUAUAUGAUAAUAUGAUCUUUAUUCUUCAAGUCAUGUUGAUGCUCCUCAGUAAAGAUUGUGGUUGAAGUUGCAUUUUGAAUGGUUGUGUAUCCAUGUGUUGUGAAUCAUAUUUGAAAGAAAUUUUCACACAUUUAUGAAGUUGCACUUUUACAUUUCAA